GGAAGGGUUGAAGCCCAAUGACGCGAAGGUGGCCAGCAUUCGUGAUUGGCCACGACCUCAGUCUGUGACUGAGAUGAGAUCUUUCUUAGGAAUGACAGGCUACUACCGGACUUUUGGAAAUAAUUAUAGCAUUGUGGCCGCUCCUUUGACUGAUCUGACCCGCCUUGACACCCCUUGGGAGUGGACAGAUGAGUGCGAGGCUGCUUUCAGACAUCUGAAGCAUGCAUUGACGCACUAUGAAGUCUUGAAGCUACCCGAUCCUGAUAAGCCAUUUAUAGUAACCACGGAUGCUAGUCAAUAUGGCAUUGACGCCGUGCUUGCGCAGCAGGAGGGGCCAAAGUUGAGGCCAGUUGAGUUCAUGUCUAAGAAAAUGCCGUCUCAGAAGUUGGCUAAGUCCACUUAUGAGAAGGAACUCUAUGCGGUGUACAAGGCUCUCACCCAUUGGAGACACUAUCUCCUUGUGAGGUUCUUCAUCCUCAGAAGUGAUCAUCAGACCCUGAAAUGGAUGAGAACCCAGCCGGUACUCUCUAACGCUCUCAAGCGUUGGAUCGAAGUCAUUGAGCAAUAUGACUUUGACCCUCAGUAUCUAAAAGGGGAGUAUAACAAGGUUGUUGACGCCCUGUCACGCAGACCAGACUUCUCAGGUGCGCUGAUUACUGAGUUCAGUCUCACGGACAAUGUUACUCAAUCCUUGGUGGAAGCCUAUCGCGAGGACCAGUUUAUGUCUGAGAUCAUAUGCAGACUUGAGGCGAAGGACAAGAAGACGUCCGCCGAGUUUAAGUUGGUUAAUGGCUUGCUGUUCCUUGAGAAGGCAGGGAAUAAACGAUUGUGUGUUCCCAAUAGUGAGCCUUUGCGUAGUUUGUUUCUAGGUGAGUGUCAUGAUGCCACCGGUCAUUUCGGGUAUAAGAAGACCGCAACCAACUUGCUGCAGCGAUUCUGGUGGCCCACGAUGAUGCAAGAUGCACAGCUGUACGUGGAGACUUGUCAAGUUUGUCAACGAGACAAGCCCCGUACUCAGGCUCCUCUUGGGCUGCUUAAGCCCCUUCCGAUUCCGGAAAGGCCGGGUGAAAGCUUGUCCAUGGACUUCAUGGAUACGCUGGUCACCAGCAAGAGUGGGAUGAGGCAGAUCUUCGUCAUCGUGGAUAGGUUUAGCAAGUAUGCUAGGUUAAUAGCCAUGUCGGAAACAACGAAGACCGAGUAUGUAAUGAGGCUGUUCAAAGAGAACUGGGUGAGGGAUUUUGGAUUGCCUAAGUCUAUUGUAAGUGACAGGGAUGUCAGAUUUACAAGUGAAUUAUGGAAGGUCGUUGCAGCUGAACAAGGAACUCAACUGCAGAUGACUUCUGGAAACCAUCCAGAAGCAAACGGCCAGGCUGAACAGAUGAACCGCGCUGUCCAACACCUGUUGAGGCAUUACACUAAGCCCAACCAGGUGGACUGGGACGAGAAGCUUGCUCUUGYCGCCAGUCUGKACAAUAAYGYUGUACACAGCGCUACCGGUGUAAGUCCUAACAGUCUACAUCUAACCUUUAGGCCUAGACUGCCUUUAGACUUCCUACUUCCUGAUAACCAGCCAACUAUUACGCCGGACACUUUGGAGUUCGCGUAUCGUUAUGAACAGAAGAUGCAGGAGGUUGUAGAGCACAUACAGAAGGCGCAGGCAGCAAUGAUAGAAUCUGAGAAUAAACACUGCCGCCCUUCUACAUUUCAGGCUGGGGACAGAGUCUGGGUCAAAUCUUCAGAACUGGGACAGGAGUUCGGGAUAUCCCGCAAACUCAUGCCUCAUUACUUUGGACCUUGGGAAGUUUUAGACGUAAUAGGGACAGAUCCUGAUGGUCCAUCAUAUGUCAUCCGUAUCCCUGGUCAUCUCAGAACUUACCCAGUCUUUCACGCCUCUAAGCUCGCUGCAUUCAAGGAAACUGAUCAGUUUCCCUCUCGUCGAUCCAUGCUGCCCCCAACCAUGGACAGAGAAGUCGACAUCGAUGAUAUCGUUGACCACAGGGAGAUGCCUGUUCAGAAGCCUCCAGGAAGGGGACGUCCUCCAAAGCCAAAGCUGCAGUUCCGAGUCCACUUCAGACAUCAUACAGAUCCGAAGGAGGACCGCUGGUUUACUCGGGAGGAACUUAUGCAGACCGCUCCUCAAAUCGUUGCCCGCUAUGAGAAGGAUGUACUGAAAGGAAAGCGCCAGAUGGCUGCAGAUUGAUCUUCGCCUAGGACUAACGAAGAUAUGGAGGAGGGAAUGCGAGGCUACGCCCGCUUAGCCCCUACGGGGCCCUAUCUGCAACAAGGUCGGCCGCCCUAAGUGAAGAUAGGCACGACAAGCCCUUCGGGCCUCAUUCUUCAAGGUACCCCCCAUCGGGGAAAUUCAGACAGUUGCGUUGCGCCAGUUGGUUGAAUAAAUCCAGGCCCUGGGC